UGUCACUGACACCUCCCUUGUCACUUCUGGUUUUUGUUCGAACUGUUACACUUGUGUUGAACGUGUUUUGUUGUGACAUGUUGUCCGUCCUUGUGCUCUUCGUCUGCUUGUCAUGUGUUUUGUCUCACGGAGAUCACGAACAUCUUGAGAGUAAGGAACACAUACUGAUGCAUCUUAAGGAGACACUAGGGGAAUUGACAGACGAAAUGAAAAAUAAAAUGACGGAGGAAGAACAGUUACAUUUCCAUUGGUUCCGACAACACGACUACGACAAUAACAAACACUUGGACGGGCUAGAACUUGUACAUGCAAUUUCACAUUUUAACGAUGGACCAAUGGACGAAGCAGCAUUGAUAGAGGUGAUUGAUGAGAUUCUGCAGGCAGACGAUAAAAACAACGACGGACUACUAGAUUACAUUGAAUUCUCUGAAGCUGAGAGACAUUUCAUUUGAUGAUGUUUCAACCUCACAUUUGUUGUCGUAUUUCGGUGCAGUUGCAAUAUGUCCUGGGUUUAGUUGUUGUUUUGGGAUUUAGGCUGAUUGGGUGCCCAAUUAAACUGAUUGGGUGCCCUGUUAAGUUUUUACUGUGUGGGAACUAGGUCUAAUUGGGUUCAGCUGUCAGUCACCCGUUUCAACUUAUCAUCAACAACUGACCACGAGUGGGAUUAUCCACCAUAUCUUGUCCAGAGCUGAUAUGAUUAGCUUUACUUCUAAUAAUAAAUAUCAGUAAAGCACUGAAGACAAUUGAUCAAACGACAUCAUUGGGCACUGUCCUCAGAUUUUCAAAAUCUCACUUUCAUACUGACAGUGACUGUGUUCCGGAUGGCAACGAGAAAAGGAUUUUUAUAAUCAAAGAAUUAUUAACCUAUAUGUAACUGUAAGAUCAGUAAAGAAUUUUGUUUCAUGUUAUAGCUGCAUUACUUGAUUCAAUUAUAACUGUAUUACUUGAUCCAGUUAUAACUGUAUUACUUGAUCCAGUUAAGUUAUUAACACAUUGAACUUAUAUAAUCAUAUUUAUAUUACCACUUCAAUUUUACAAAUUUGUACUCGA